AUGACUGGGUACCCUGACGUAGCUGCUUUUGAUUUGGAUUACACGGUGUGGCCCUGCUAUUGUGACACCCAUUUGCAUGGUCCUUUCAAACCAGUGAAAAGUAAAAAUGGCGAGGUUCUCACAAUUUUAUGUAGAGAUGGUUACGAGGUCACUAUUUAUAGGGAUAUCCCACGUAUUCUGGGUGAUUUGAAGGAUAAUGGAGUUAAGUUGAUGACCGCAUCAAGGACAUGGGCCCCUGAAAUUGCUCAGGAAAUAUUGAGAAUAUUUAAAAUUGAGUACAAUGGUACUUUAAUCCCGUUAGCCAAUCUAUUCAAUGAGUUUCAAUGGGGAGAAAGAAGUAAGAUUGGUCAUUUAAGGGAUGGUUUAAAGGACCUUUAUGAUACCACUGAUUUGAGAUCAAAGAAGAUUUGCUUAUUUGAUGAUGAAAGUAGGAACAGAGAAGUAGAGAAAUAUGAUGUUAAAUUUGUUUACGUGAGAGAUCCAGAAAAUGGGCCAUCUUGGAAACUUUACCAAGACUAUUUAAGUGGGAAACUUUAA